UAUAAAAAAAAAUUGACACACCCUGGUGUCAUCCAUAACUGUUUUGCCACUGCUGGUACUGGUGUGUGGAACGUGUUUCAAGUUUUGUUGCUCAACACGUGCAUUUGUCAGGACUGCAUUUGUCUCUGGAAACGGAAUUUUGAUCUUUUUCCACAUUUGACUGCAUGUGCCUGAGUCUGACCCUGCAUAUCUUCAAUGGCUGCUGUGUGCUCCACCUCUGUGCCUGAGGGUUUCCACUAUGAGACUAAGUACAUUGUCCUCAACUACCUGGGCCUCCUGUCCCCCUCCCAGCUACUGUCCACUGCUGGCGGAGGAGAUGACCAGUAUGCUGUGGACAGAGCGAUGGAGAGAGAGCGGAACAGAGUGAUGAAAGGACAGAUAGAUGAAGAGCUAAGGAAACUGGAAGAUGAGAUCUCAGCCUACUUCUCCAGUACAGGCUUCGACUGCCACAUGUCUCCGGUGUUCAGCCCUGGCAACCCAGAGAACUCCAUCGAGGACUGCCUUGCUGCUCUGGGCGACCGGGUGGCCAGAGACCUGGACACACACCUGACCUCCACUGUACACACACUCCUCAGUGCCCCUUUGGACUACGAGCGUUUCAGAAAAGCAGCACAAGACGUCUCCUGCCACACGCAGAGCGGCUGGACCAAGGUGCUGGUGCCUUUAGUGCUGCUGCAGGCCCUACAGGGAGAAGGACAGAUCCUGGCCACUCUCCUUCCUCUGGGGGUCAAUUUCCUGGAGGAGGCUGAGGCAGACUACAUCAUCCGGCAGGGAGGAUGGGGUACAGUGUUUAGCCUGGAGGAAGAGGAGCAGCAGGGCUUGAUCAUAGCCGAGGACAGCAACGACAUCUAUAUCCUGUCUGGAGAGCAGCUUCCCACAUCGCUGCUGGGCACCAGAGAUAGCAGUGAGCUGGGCAGCUGGCAGACAGAAAGCUUACGUGUGUCUCUGGCAGGCCACGAGUCCUGGGCACAGGUGGGCAUGAUGGACCAUCCCGAAGACAUCAAGAGCCUGGAAAGCAACGAGGGCAACCUCUCAGAGGAGCGCAGCGAGAACAACUCUUCCAACUCUGACAUCGUGCAUGUAGAGCGAGAGGACGCAGAGGAGGGUGAGGGCGGGGCAGAAGCGCCUGAGCUGCAGGAGAUAAUGCUGAGCGUACUGGGGACGGAGAGUGAACUGGCCAAGCUGAGGGCGGAGUUUAGGGAUGACACCCCGCCUCCUGUCCCAGCAGCCCCAGAGCCUGUGGUGGGAUGUCUGGAGGAGCCGGUUGUCAUCGAGACCCCUGCUCCCCUGUCGGCAGUCCCGUCAGAGCCAGAACCGUGUGCCCCGUCCACUGUUCCCAUGUCAGAGUCCAAAUCCCCUGCACUAGCCCCUGUGGUUGAGCCUGCCGCUGUUGUUGAGGCAGCACCCGCCAAGAUGCCCCCUACUCCCCAACCAGCAGAGCAAGUCCCAGAACCAGUCCCAAUACCAGUCGCAGCAGCACCACCCCAGCCAGAGCCCGUUCCAGAGGAGCCCCAGCCUGAACCUCAGUCAGAGACCGUGCUGGAGCUGGCAGCAGCGCCUGUCCUGGAGGCACCCCCAGCCCCUGUGGAGACCCCUGUGGCCCCAGCUGAGGAGGCCCCAGUGCAAAUGGAACCAGAGCCCAAGUUGGAGCUUCCAGUGCUGCUUUACGGUGGAGCUGCCCUGGUGGCUCUAGCUGCCGCAGUGGCCUGGCUAGUCCUGACCCACCGGAAAAGGUAGCCUAGCGGUGCUCCUGACCUGGGCCCCAGACCUCACCACCUCCCUGGUCCCUGCCUAGCUCACUGCAGGUAACCUGCUGUGCUGCCAAUGCCAGGUGCACACACCAUGGCAAAAUGAACUCUUCUUUUCUCUCUCCAUUUUUAUUUUCCUCCGUUCUCAUCUCAUCUGGCGUUUUGAUAUGUUUGUCUUCAGUUGUACAUUGAGGUGAUGGGUCAGUGACAGCAAACUGGAAAGGACAUAUUUUACAUUUUUAUCUUGGUUUCUCUAUUGUGUGUUUUCUGGGGUGUGGUUCUGUCCGGUGCCAUCUUGAUGCACGUGAACGAUACAAGCAGGGUGUCCGUUACCCUCUCGGCUGGCUCUUCGGUACCUCUUUGUCCUCAGAGCCUAGUGGGUGUAGCUCAAGUCAUAAUUGCCAGUUCUGUUGCAAAAAAGGGGUAGAGGAAAGGGCACCUAUUCCAAUAGAUUUUUCUAUCUGGAAUUAUUAGAAAAAAAGUAUGUUCUGACUACCUUUUGUCCUCUGGAAAACAAACCUGUCUUCAAGAGCAGGUUGAGGAUGAGAUGAAUGUGGUUAUGUAGAAUGUAUUUUUAUGGCAGUUAAACAGAUCAUGAUUAGACUCAUUUUUGUUUUUAUAAUUGUAUGUGAUGUUGGGAUAUAAGAUUCACUACUGGAGACCCUGACAUACCUGUAAAAUAACUAUCUGCAGAUUUAAAAGGGACAAAAUUCUUCAUAUAUAGCACUUCAUUGAGAUGAUAAAUAUCACACUAAAAUGUGAAGUAGAUAUAUUUAUGAUCUACUCCCCCACUAUAUUAAUGGCUGAUUGCCAGUCACUUACUACAUCAACUGAUGAUAAAUUUAUUAUUUCGUAAAUUAUUCGGGCCGAUUUGUU